AUGAUGGAGUACAAGAACGGGGGUUACGAAUCGGGCGAACGCCCUGUUUAUCGUCCCCAAAGACUGUGGAACUCGUUCUUGGUGCUUUCUUUGAUCCUUGUUUACGGUUCUUCGCUUUUAUUGGGCCAAAUUAACCAGCUUUAUUACAACCAUAAGAACACGGGCGCUCUUAAGCACAAACCAGCCUCUCCGAUCGUUCCAGAGGGCAAGCUUCCGUUGACAUUCCAGGCUUUACGGAAUGGGACCUUCGCUCCAGAGAGAAAGAGUAUCCAAUGGCUACGCACAGAUAAGUCCUUGAACGAGGACUCUGGUGAAUAUAUUGUUGUUGACGACGGCAAUUAUGUUUUGAAGUCUCUGACCGGUUCUGAGGAACGCUCGCUAUUUUCUGGAACAUCGGUGGAAUAUGGAGAUCAAACUUUCAAGGUGGAGGACGUUGUUUUCAGCGAUAACCUGAAACAUGCCCUGAUUGUCUGCAAUAAGGUCAAAAACUGGAGACACUCGUUUUUCGCAACGUAUUUCAUUCUAGACGUCGAGUCGCAGACCACUUCGCCUUUGUACGAUGGAGACAGUCUUGUUGCGCUUGCCAAAUGGUCGCCAGACUCGUCCAGUGUCGCAUUCAUCGUGGACAAUAACGUGUAUGUCAAGGAUCUCGUCUCGAAAACCGUCCACCAGGUGACUACCGAGGGAGGAACCGAGAUCUUCUACGGAAAACCAGACUGGGUGUAUGAGGAGGAGGUGUUUGAAGGCGAUACGUCCAUGUGGUGGUCGCCAAACUCGGAGUUUCUGACGAUUCUUCGGUUCAACGACACACUUGUGCCGAAAUUCCCUAUUCCGUACUUUGUCCAGCACGACGACGACAUCUAUCCGGAACUGCGCGAGCUCAAGUACCCUAAACCGGGGUAUUCGAACCCAAAGGUCGACUUUGUCGUUUACGAUGCCAAGAACGCAAAACUGACCAGUCUGGACUCGUCAGACCCAUUCUACAAUGACGAAGACAUUCCAAACGACGAGAGACUCAUCACCGAGGUGAAAUGGGUCGGAGACACCCGGUUCUUGCUGAAGAUCACCAACAGAGAGUCGGACAUCCUCAAAUUCUUCAUCGUGGACGCCUCGACCAUGGAAUCCCUUCUCCGCCGGUCUGACUUCGGUGGACACACCAACUCCUGGUUUGAGAUCAGCCACAAUCUGUUGUAUGUGCCAAAGUCCGACACCAGGCCAGAAGACGGGUACAUUGACAUCAUUGACGUGGAUGGAUACGACCAUCUUGCGUACUUCUCUCCUCCAGAGACACAGACUCCGCUGGUGCUGACAUCCGGCGAAUGGGAGGUAGUUGACGGAGCAGCAGCCUUCGACUCAGUCACCAACAAGAUUUACUUCAUUUCUACAGAAAAGUCGUCUGUCGAAAGACACUUGUACUCGAUCAAUCUGGACGGUUCCAACAAAACAAGUAUCACCAACGUGGAAGAGAAAGGCUGGCAUUCCGUUUCGUUUUCUGCUGGCUCGCGCUUCCUGUUGCUGAACUACGAUGGACCGGGUGUUCCGCACCAACGCUUGCUGGACUUGCAUGCCAACACGGAGGAGUCGUUUACCACGAACGAGAAACUUUUAUCUGUGUUGGAACAGUACGCAAUUCCGAGUCGGACAUUUGGCGAGGUCGACGUGGGUGUUGAGCAAAAGCUCAACUACCAUGAGACUCUGCCGGUGAACUUCGAUCCGUCCAAGAAGUAUCCGCUUCUGUUCUUUGUGUACGGAGGUCCGGGCUCGCAGCUUGUGCAAAACACGUUUUCCGUGUCGUUUUCGGCGAUUGUGGCCGCCGAACUCGACGCCGUUGUGGUCACCGUCGACGGAAGAGGAACCGGCUUCAAAGGUAAGGCGUUCCGUAACAUUGUGCGCGACAACUUGGGACACUACGAGGUGAUUGACCAACUGGCUACCGCCAAACAAUGGGUCUCGAAGCCGUACAUUGACGAGGAAAGAACAGCGAUUUGGGGAUGGUCGUAUGGUGGCUACAUGACUCUCAAGACACUGGAAGCAGAUAAGGGAAACAUUUUCAAAUAUGGAAUGUCGGUUGCUCCGGUGACUAACUGGCGAUUAUACGAUUCAGUUUACACAGAAAGAUACAUGCACACGCCGCAACAGAACUCAGGAUAUUACAACUCGUCCGUGCACGAGAUCGCCAACUUCAGUGGAGUGAAGCGGUUCCUGCUGAUGCACGGAACAGGAGACGAUAAUGUUCAUUUCCAGAAUUCGCUUAAGUUCCUGGACAUGCUGGACCUCGAAGGAUUGGAGAACUAUGACGUUCAUGUUUUCCCAGACAGCGACCACUCGAUCAGCUAUCACAAUGCGAACAGGAUAGUUUACGACAAGCUUUUAAACUGGCUCAAGAAAAACUGGACCUAA